CUCAGGUCUUUUUAAACCCCCCCCCAAAAAACCCCACCCCACGGGGUUCAAUAAACAUCCCCCCCCCGCCCGAAACUGUCGCCUUUCCCGCGUGUAUUUUCUAACGAUCAAAAACAUCAAAGGAAAGAGAAAGCGACGAUCAAAGCAAGUCCGAACGUGACGUCAGAAGGAAUCCCGAGGCGAGUCCUUUGAAGUCAGGCGUCGGGAGAAUUCCGAGGCUUCGAAAGGGGCGGGGCGCUGAAGUCAGCUUUUCAGCCUUUGCCCGCCACCUUCCAGGAUUUAGACUACAGCUCCCAUCGGUCCCCCCCCCCCCCGCGGGAUUGGGAAUCGCUUUUCAAGAGCAGGAGCUGCGAAGGCAGUGUGGUUUCCCCAACAGCCACGUUUGAUGGAGUUAGAAGAGACUCCUGGGUGUCCAGUGGAGCGAAGCCUCACCCUCCAGAAAAUAGAUCCAGAGUGCAAAGUAAUUCAAAGGCCGAAGGCUCAGGAAGACAAGAAGGAAGCGAUUUCCAGUUUGGAUAACUCUGAACCGUUAGGCGCACGUGAGAAAUUAUUAAGCAAAUCCAAUUUCCACAUUCUGAAGGAGGAGGAGAAUUUGGAAAACAAGCCAAACAAUGAAGACCGGGCAAGUAAAACUAUAACUCAGCCCCUUCAUAAUGGACCAGGCGAUAUAAGCAAUGCAGAUCAAGGCAAGAGACGACUUGUGUGCAGCCGAUGCAGAAAAAGUUUCAGCAGUACUUCCAACCUUAUCGCUCACGAGAGAGUCCACACCGGAGCGAAACCGUAUAAGUGCUGUCGUUGCGGGAAAAGCUUUGGCAAGAAAUGGACUCUCGUGGCUCAUCGGAGAAUCCACCUGGAGGAGAGACCGUACAGAUGCUGCGUGUGUGGGAAGCGCUUUCGGCAGUUCUCGAGCCGCGUUGUCCACGAGCGAAUCCAUACCGAAGAAAAACCCUACGCCUGCUCGGAGUGCGGGAGGAACUUCAGGCUGAAAUCGAGCUUGGUUGCCCACCGAAGAAUCCACAUGGGAGAAAAACCUUACCCGUGCUCUGAAUGCGGGAGACGUUUCAGCCAGAAAUCGGCGCUGGUGGUGCACCGGCGAGCCCACAAAGGUGAGAAACCCAACGCUUGCUCGGCCUGUGGGAAAAGCUUUACCCAGAGCUCCAACCUCAUUGCUCACGAGAGAAUCCACACGGGGGGAAAACCCUAUCCCUGUCCUCGUUGUGGGAGAGGUUUUGCCUGCAGGUCCAGCCUCGUUCGGCAUCAGAGGAUCUACACGGAAGACAAACCGUACGGAUGCGCGGCCUGCGGGAAAACCUUCAGCUGCAAUUUGAGCCUCAGCAGACACCAGCGGACCCACACAGGGGAGAAACCCGACAAAUGCCCCGAUUGUGGCAAAACCUUCAGCGUGAGCUCCCAACUCAGCGUGCAUCGGAGGACCCACAUGGGAGAGAAGGCCUAUGAAUGCUCAGAGUGUGGGGAAAGCUUCAAUAUGAUGUCGAGCCUUAACGCCCACCAGAGAAUGCACGCGAGUGCGAAGCCUUACAAAUGUUCCGACUGUCCCAAAAGCGUUUAUCUAAGGUCGAGUCUCACAGCUCACAAGAAGAGGCACGGAGAAAAGGCAUUCGACUGCAUAGAGUGCGGCAAAACCUUCACCUGCCGCUCCGGGCUCAUCCGCCACCGGAGGAUUCACAAGGGGGAAAAACCUUUCCGUUGUGGAGACUGUGGGAAAAGCUUCAUCUUGAGUGCCAACCUUAUCGCCCACCGGCGAACUCACACGGGAGAAAAGCCGUACCAGUGCUUGGAAUGUGGCAAACUCUUCAGCGUGAGUUCGCAGCUCAGCGUCCAUCAGAGAAGCCACACGGGGGGGAAACCGUACGCCUGCUCCCAUUGCAGCAAGAGCUUCACAUGUAACUCCGCUCUUAUUCGACAUCUGAGGAUCCACACCGGAGAGAAACCGUAUCAGUGCUUGGAGUGUGGGAAAAGGUUCAAUCUAAAUUCGAAUCUGGUCGUCCAUCAAAAAACCCACGCUGGAGGGAAGCCCUAUAAAUGCAUCUACUGCGGAGAAAGUUUCUAUACAAGGCCACAUUUUGUAGAGCAUCACAGAGCCAGGCACUUGGAUGCUGUAAAUACGAAAACAGCGGAAAGCAACGUUAAUUCCAAAUCCAUUAAUUACCAAAUAAACUACAUAGGAUGGGACGGUGCGGUGGGUGAACCUCUUCCCGCAAGUGGGACACUGGUGAGGCCUCUCCCCCGUGUGGACUUUCUGGUGGCGGAUGUGGACCGCCCGAUCGGAGAAGCAUUUCCCGCAGGUGGCACACUUGAAGGGCUUCUCGCCUGUGUGGGUCCUUUGGUGCACCAUCAGGAUCUGCCACUGGCUGAAGCUCUUCCCACACGCCGAACAGGUGUAGGGCCUCUCCCCAGUGUGGACUCGGUGGUGCUUGACCAGCUGGGAAGACGUGUUGAAGGACUUCUCGCAAUCGGGGCAUUUGAAGGGUUUCUCCCCCGUGUGGGAGCCCUCGUGUUUCUUGAGGCUGGAGCUCCGGCUAAAACCUUCUCCACACUGGGCACAUUUGAACGGCUUCUCUCUCACAUGGAUCUUCUGGUGGUUGAUCAACUGAGACUUCUGAGUGAAGUUCUUGUCGCACUCGGAGCAGCUGAAGAGUUUCUUUUCGACGUGGACUCGGUAGUGCCUGGUGAGGACCGAGCUGACAGUGAAGCUCUUCCCACACAGAUCACAGGUGUAAGGCCUCUCUCCCGUGUGGGUCCUUUCGUGGGCAACCAGAGUAGACUUGAAGCUGAAGCAUUUCCCACAAUUCUGGCACAUGAAUGGCUUCUCACCUGUGUGGGUCCUCUGAUGGGCAGCGAGCACCGUGCUCCGGCUGAAAGUCUUGCCGCACACGGCACAGGGAAAGCCUUCAGCCAAGGCCACCGCUUGGUCACAGCUGUGAGGCCCGGCGGCUUUGACCCACCUCUGGAGAUCGGAGGGCAGGAUGGCCAGGAACUGCUCCAGGAUCACCAGCUCCAGGAUCUGCUCCUUGGUGUGCCUCUCCGGCUUCAGCCACCGGUGGCAGAGAUACCAGAGACGGCUGCAGGCCUCACGGGGACCCUCAGCGUCUCGGUAACAGAACUCUCUGAAAAGGGUUCGCUGGGUGUCAGUGGCCGCCGAGUCCUCUCUCAGGACGUCCUCGCCCACCUUCCAGUAGUCGUCCAUCUUGGCAGCGUUGAUCUGCUCGUUCUCCCUUUGAGUUUCUUUGCUGAGAUCCACCAGUCCUUUGUAUCUCCACCACUCCUUAUCUUGCCUCGCCCGCCUUUCCUGCUUGCCUGGCUGCUCCUGGACCUUGCCUGCUUGACUGCCCUCACCGAUAGCCCAGAUCACGUGGCCCAGGCCCAUCUGCUCCCGGACCUCGCCUGCUUGCCUGCCAUUGUCGAUCGGGCCCAGCUCCUGGAUAAAAUCCUGAAACGCAUCUCCGAGGUGCCGCUUAGCAGGAAUACUGUUAAAGAUCGCGUCCAGCGCAUGGCAAGUGACAUCGGUCAGCAACUCACCGCUGACUUACAAAAGGCAGCCUGUUACUCCAUGUGCUUGGAUGAAAGCACAGAUGUAAAUAAUCAUGCAAGGCUAGCAAUCCUCCUGCGUUACGCUGCCGGCGACAUCAUGAGAGAAGAGCUGCUGAAACUGGUGUCUUUGCCUGAAAGAACGCAAGGGAUAGAUAUCUACAAUGCUGUGAUGGAGGCUUUUGUGGCACAAGACAUAAGACCGGAAAAAGUGGUUUCGAUUACGAGCGAUGGGGCACCUUCUAUAGUGGAAGCAGCAUCUGGUUUCAUACAGUCCUUUGGUAAAGAAACAAAACACCAAGUCAUUCAGUUCCAUUGUAUUAUACAUCAAGAAGAUCUUUAUGCCAGGGAAAGCGGCAAAAAAUUUGACGAUGUCCUCAGGGAUGUCACAAAAAUGGUGAAUUACAUCAUGGCUCAUGCUCUGAAUUUUCCACAGUUUAAAGCACUUCUUGAUGAGGUUCAGGCACAGUAUAAUUGCUUACUUAUGUACAAUAAUGUCCGGUGGCUGAGCAGAGGACGAGUCCUGGAGAGAUUUGUAGCCUCCUUGGAUGAAAUUAGGCUGUUUAUGAAUGAAAAUGGGCAGGAAUAUCCACAGCUCACUGAUACGGCCUGGCUUACCAACCUCAUGUUUUUUACAGAUUUUACAGUACACUUCAAUGUACUGAACAAACAACUACAAGGUGUAGGGAAAACAGCAGAAAGAAUGUUUUGUGAUAUCAAAACAUUUGAGAGAAAACUGCAGGUUUUUGAAAGAGACCUUGAAAGUGGGCAGCUGAAAUAUUUUCCAAAUCUAAAAACGCAUUUAGAAAAUUCUACAACGGUUACAGACAAUCCUGCAAGCCGUCAGGAAAUCUACAAGGAAUUUUCCAGCAUUGUAGCAGCUACAAAGCUGGUGCUGCUGCUGCUGCUGCCGCUGUUGCAGGGAGGAACGGGAAGCUGGGAAGGGACUUUCAGAUCACCUUUGCCCUUCGCCCUGCCUGGUGCCCUGCUGAGGCUUGCAGAGCUGAAGCUGAUCUACCUGAAGCAAAGCCAAGCUCGUGCAAGUGGAACCACAAGCACCUGCAACACUCACACGAGUGGGGCCACGAAUGCCCGCGACAAGGCUGUGAGUGCCUGCGAUGCUCGCGCAAGUGGCGUCAGGAUGCUGGGAACAAGCCCUCGGCAACCGGUUCUUUGCGAAUGGGAAACAACCGACGUGCAGCGCAUACAAGGUUGUGUAACCUUGGAGGAGGUGGCUGUGCAUUUCUCCAAAGAGGAGUGGGCGCUGCUGAAUUCUGGCCAGAAAGCUCUGCACAGGGAGAUCAUGGAGCAGAUUGGCAGGAUUGUGGCCUCUCUUGGUGAUGAAAGGAAAGUUGACAAAAUUGACAAUCGGUCAAUACAAGAAAUAACCCUUACAAGAAGGAAACGUCGGAUUUCCAGAAAGCGGUCCAAUCAGAGGGCGAAGUCAGAUGGAGAUCAGUUCUCACAGACUGGAGACGAACCCCAUCAAUGUUUGGAGUGCGGAAAGGGCUUCCACCAGAAGAAAAACCUAGCGAUUCAUAAAAAGACUCACGCAAGGGAGAAACCCUAUGAAUGCUCAGAGUGUGGAAAAUCUUUCGGCUCCAGAGCAGCCAUUGCUCGGCACCAAAGGACUCACGGGAGGGAGAAGCCCUAUAUGUGUCCGGAGUGUGGGAAAAGCUUCCAUUACAGUUCGGAUCUGAUGAGACACAGAAGGAAACACACGGGAGAGAAACCCUACCAGUGUGCCGAGUGUGGGAAAUGUUUCCUUCGUAACACCAAGCUGACUGUCCAUCGAAGGACUCACACGGGAGAGAGGCCUUAUAAAUGCCUGGAGUGCGGGAAGUGUUUUACCGAGAGCGCUCAGCUAAGCAGGCAUCACAUAAUUCACACCGGGGAGAGGCCCUACAAAUGUCCGGAUUGCGAAAAGUGCUUCAACCGGAAGGAAAACCUGGCCCUCCACCAACGCACUCACACGGGGGAGAGACCCUAUCAAUGCUCCGAAUGCGGGAAAAGCUUCAUAUGGAAUUCUCAGCUAAGUAGACAUCUAAUGUUGCAUACCGGAGAGAGGCCGUAUAUCUGCCAGGACUGCGGGAAAUCCUUUGUCUGCAGCUCCGAACUCCUGAUCCACGAAAGGAAUCACACGGGAGAGAAGCCCUAUAAAUGUCUGGAGUGCGGGAAGUGCUUUGUUUGUAACAGGCAACUCAGCAUCCAUCAGAGAACCCACACCGGAGAGAGACCCUAUAAAUGUCCAGAGUGCGAAAAAUGCUUCAAUCGGAAAGAAAACCUGGCUAUCCAUCGACGCACUCACACGGGGGAAAAACCCUACAAGUGCUCGGAUUGCGGGAAGUGCUUCAGUUGGAAUUCACAACUGUGUAGACACCAACGAGCACACACCGGCGAGAGGCCCUUUGCGUGCCUGGAGUGUGGGAAACGCUUCGUUUGCAGUUCAGACCUGAUCAGGCACGGAAGAAACCACACGGGAGAGAAACCUUACAAGUGCUCAGAAUGUGGAAAGGGUUAUAUUUGUAAUACCCAACUGAGUAUCCACCAGAGAACUCACACAGGGGAAAAACCCUAUAAAUGCUUGGAGUGUGGAAAAAGUUUCAGCGAGAACAGCUCCCUCACUUCCCACUACCGGAUCCACACUGGAGAGAAACCCUAUAAAUGCCCGGAGUGUGAAAAAUGCUUUGCUCGUGGUUCUGACCUUAUUAAACACGAAAAAAUUCACGCGGGGAAAAGAUCCUACCGAUCCACGGACCACGGAAAGAACUUUAACCAGAAGGCAAAUGUUACUGAUCAUUUUUACAGGGCUGGGUCCACGUGCAAAAAAAAGCAGAAAGUGAUUCUCUGGCCAUGUUGAACAUUGCCCGGGAGCUGCAAUCGAACCUACAACGACCGAACAUUGAUGGCCUCCAAGAAAAACGAGCCAUUCCUUGCAAUCAGAUGGGUAGCAGUGCCCAAAUUUGGGCAGCGACUGUUGAAAAUAUCUCGGGAGGACCCA